CGAAAAAAAUCGAAAGUUUGGACUGAUAUGGCCAGCGCAGAGGAAUUUCCUGCUCUAGCAAUUCGCUCCAGUGUGGGAGUUGAAUUGUGGGCGACGUCAAAGAAUGAAUUUCCGUAUGUCCCUUACGAGAAAUUCCCUCGCGAUGACAGCAAGCACUGUCGUGCCUUGGAAUACAGUCCGGACGGUCGAUUUUUGGCCUGGGGCAACGGUGCAAAGGUGCAGCUGUGCCGAACAUCAGAUUGGGAAGUUAUUGCCUCAUUGCCACGUCCCAAGGCAUUCUACCUCAAGUUCUCACCACGUGGUAAGUACCUAAUGACAUGGGAGAUAUAUGCCAUCACCAAGGACAAUCCCGAGGGUAGUCCAAAUCUCUAUGUGUACUCCACGGAGACGGGCGAGGAGGUGUACUCGACGGUACAGAAGAAGCAGGCAGAUUGGGAGCCCGGCUGGUCCAGUGAUGAAUCAAUCUUUGCUGUUAUGUUGGGUGGUGAAGUGCUCUUCUAUGAAGUAAAUGGACCAGAGGGCUUCCGGAGUAGUACCAGAAAAUUGGGUGGUGGCCGGAAUGGGUGUAUUUCCGUUGCUCCAAAUACCGGUCAACCCUAUUUGGCAUUCUAUGUACCGGGCACAAAGGGAUCUCCGUCCAUGUGCAAAAUCUACCAAUAUCCCACACUAAGUCCCACCCAAGCCAUCAGCUCUAAGAGCUUCUUCCAGGCUGACAAAGUGGAGAUGAUGUGGAAUAAACGGGGUACAGGGCUUCUAUUGCUCACCAGUACCGAUGUUGAUCAGACUAAUGCAUCGUACUAUGGCAAGCAGGCGCUCCAUUUCAUGUCCACAAAGGGUGAUUCCUUUGCUGUGCAACUCAGCAAGGAGGGUCCAAUUCAUGCUGUUUCCUGGAGUCCCAAAUCCACCGAAUUCAUCGUAGUGUACGGAUUUAUGCCGUCUAAAGCCACCCUCUUCAAUCUCAAAUGCGAUGCAGUCUUUGAAUUUGGUGAGAGCCCAAGGAAUUCCAUCUAUUUCAAUGAUUUUGGGAAUUUGGUACUUUUGGCGGGAUUUGGGAAUUUGCGCGGGAAUGUGGAGUGUUGGCAUUUGGGGAAGGAGCGUAAGUGUAUUUCGACACUUCAGGCACCAGAUUCAACACUGCUCGAGUGGAAUCCCAAUGGGGAGAUAUUCAUGACAGCCACGACAGCACCACGUCUCAGGCAGUCGAAUGGCUUCAAGGUGUGGCACUACACAGGGGCACUGCUCCAUGAGACGAUGUGGCCAAAGGAGCAGGAGUUGCUGGAGGUGCGUUGGCAGAAAUUCCAUCAUGGUGUGUUCAAGGAGAAGCCGGUGACGGGUGAAAAGGUCGUGGGUAUUCAGUCGGCUCAGCCACAGGCCAGUGCCCAAGUCUAUCGUCCACCGGCUGCUCGGGGAUUGCCCAUGAAAGCCUUUGAUCUCUACUCUGAUAGCGUGAGCAGGAGUACAAUACCGGGACUGCCGCCGGGUAUGAUGGCAAAAAAUGAGAAUAAGAAGAAACGCACAAAUGCCAAGGCACAGCAUAAGCAGCGUCCUGGGCAACAGAAGACAGAGGGACGGAAGGGUCAAGGUGAAGGGACAACUGCUGACAAUUCCGGCCAAGUGACUCAAGAUGGUGAUCAUGAGAGACGAUCCAAUGGUCAUCGAUUCACCACGGGGGAUCCGCAGAAGGAUAGAAAAAUCCAGAAGAUUCAGAAGAAACUCUAUGAUAUCACCAAAUUGAAGGAGAAGAAGAAAAGUGGGGAAGCACUCAAGGACACUCAAUUGGCCAAGAUUGAUUCCGAGGCCAGUCUCAUCAAAGAAUUGCAGUCCCUCACGAUUGUGGCCUAGUGAAUAGCCAAGGAAUAGCAUUGGCAUCUGCAAGUAGAUGUACAUAUGAACCUGUAUCCUUGGCAUUCUAACAAAGAAACAAAAAAAACAUUGCAACAGAAAUCUACUGAAUGACUAAAAACAAAACAAAAAUAAAAAAAUAAAAAACACCACCAACAACUCCUGGACCAAUCCAUGAAAAAUGACGAUCCGGAGAUGCGCUGAAUGAUUUUGUGCGUCAAGAAUCAUUUUAGGCAAACGCAAAAUUGUUAUUGAUGCAAAAAACAUGUUGAGAAAUUUUGGUUGAGAGACAAGUGAAAUAAAAAGAAAACAUUUAUUAUUUUAA